AUGGUGGGAAGCUGAGGGUAACUCGGGGAGACUCAUGGAUACAAGACCUGGCUGUGCUCGACUCUCCUGCCUUUAAAGCUAAGGCAACCAAGUACGAGAAAAUGCUGGAGAGGUUAUGAGAACAGCUUCCUGAAGGGGUCGCUGAGGAAAGCCAAAGUAGUACGCUUCAUGAAGAACCCCGUUGACAACCCUAACGGCCUCACCAUGCACUUCAGACUCGCCUUAGACCGACGGAAGAUGCCCAGCCAUGUGGACAACACAGAGCUGGCGGUGCAGGACGUGCUGCUACAAGAGCUGAUGAGUUUGGAGCCUGUAGCCUUCCACAAUGUGGCCGUUGAUAUAGACUCACUUAAUCUGGCCAGAGAAACAGAGGCUGGAGGGUUGGUGGCCGCAGCACCCUCGUCGUCGUCAACGUCUUCAUUGUCAAAGCCAAGAGACGACGACGACGUACAGGUAAUCAAAGUGGAAGGGACACAAGAGGCUCCAGGGGGCGCUAUCAUGAUCCGUAAACCUUCAGGAUCUGCCACCAGGAGGCAGGAGGAGGAGGGGCUGCCCCAACCGGAAGUAGAUGAGCCUGUGAGCAGUACAGUAGCCAACCUCAUCUACCAGUUUGGUCCGUGGCGGCCCAUUGAUCCUUUCAACGCCUUUAGACCCGCCCCACCUGGCCGCCCCUCUUCCUCCCCAGCCCCUCCUAACUCACCGACACGAGACAAUACACAUUCAUUUUACAACCCAACUGUUAGACCUCCCCAUGAGUUGCCUUCAGCCUCCAGACCUGUAGCCAGUCCUGACAUCAUUAUUAUCCCUCCAUCAACAACAACUAAACCCACAACAAUGACAACAACAACAACAACAACAACUACUACUAGUCCCACGACUCUUACCACAACUACCACUACCACACCCAUAACAACAACAACUACCAUAACUACGUCAUCCAUGCCACGGCCAACAACAGUGUCUGUACAGUUCAAUGAGAGAGUUGGUAUUGCUGGUGAAGGUUCCUCAGGCCAAGAUGACAGGAUGAUCACCACCAAGAGAAGUCCAUCAAGAGAAGAGUUUCAUGCCUUCUUGGCAGACUUGCUGUUCUUCACAACACCACGGCCACAAUCUACUGUAGGAGUGACUCGUCCUCAGCCUCAACUACCUCACCGUGUGAUCCCAUUAUCUGAGUCAACCUUCAGUAGUGGUCAGGGACGUCCUGAAGCUCAAAACAGUCAUCCCCUGAACUCUGAGGAUCGACUUGUAACAUUUCAGAGCAUUGUGCAACAUAACAAAAGACGUCCAUCAUACUCUACAUCUCAGUCCUCAUCUGUCAGUAACACAGCAACAACCGUCUCCAUGCACACUCCCGGGUCUCCUCACGUGACCUCCUACUCUGGUGUCAGGCAACCCUUGCCACCCAGACCACCACCAGGAAUUCAGUUUCCACACGACAAGUUCCGGUAUCCAAGUUCAUCGUCAUCGCCCACCGCACCUUCAGCAGGUACAACAUCGUUCAGCAUCUGGGACCUUCUCACCACUAGGAAGCCUCUCAUACUGAACACAGAGCUUGUAACAUCAACCAGCACGGAUAUAGAGUAUGGGUCGACAGAUCAGUAUGGUGUCAACACACAACAAGAAACCACACGUCACUAUGGUCCUGUUUACAGACCAGCCAGCAGUAGUUCACUGGCACCUGUUUAUAGACCUGAUUUACCAGCAUAUACACACACUGGUGAAUAUGCUGCCACUGAUCAGUAUGGCCCAAUUUUUCAGUCAAGCAGUGAACCAGCGCCUCUAAAAGACUUCACUGAUGAUCAGAAUUAUGUGACAGUUCCAGUAAUCUCCGGCAACAAUGUAAGGUAUAUGAUGGUAAACAGAACCCGCACCAACUACCCCAAUGUUGUGAUCGUUAAUCUUCAGGCGACGCCCGAGGGGGGAUCAACAACUCCCAUGACGCCCACACGUGGAGGUUCACGCAGACUUAAUACUAAAUUCCUAGAAGAUGCAUUUAAAGCUGUCUUGCAGAGUUCAAACUACCGCGGUGUUGAUAGAGCACCAAAUGGUGACGAGUCCGGUCAAGGUUUCUCGAUCAGAAGAGGUAAACCAAUUGACCUUGAUGUACCAGACUCGCCAGCUCCACUACUUGAUGGUGAAACUCAUGAGUCAAUAUCUCUUUGGUCCUUCUUGAGAAACCUCAGUCAAGUUUACCUCUCAGAUCCUGCCAUCAUACAACAGCUGCAGUAUUUUGAGAAAGCUGCAUUAGAAGCUGUGAACAACCACAGAUCGACAACAGAAUCUCCUUUACCUUCAACCACCCAGUCAGAAGCAACAACUUCAACAUCAUUAAUGACGCCAUUCUUCCAGCACCUUCACGGAUCUACUGCUCACAGGGACACGACUGCAGCCCCAUUCCUGAAAAACACUAAUGUUGUACCAAGUCGUCCUUCUCCAGAAUAUACUUACAUUCCUCUGCAUGGUGACAACACAGAACAGCAGCCCAGUCAGUUCUCUCCAAAAUUAGGUACAGCGUUAAGGAAUAAUCCAGUUACUGUAGUGCUAGAGAAAUUGUCUUCUGAACCUUUAACAACUACACCACCACAAAUUUCGCCUCACCCUUUCCGACCUGCAAUGUCUUCUCCAUACACAACUCUCUUCAUGACAGGUGUCAGUGGAAAAAGCUCCUCCAACCCCCAGAUUAUCAGUGUCUCCAGCAGAUCACCUGCAUCAUCUUCUCCAGGUUCUCUCAACAUGAACUCACCCAUCCAUACAUUUGUGCUAAAAGAAGGACAGUCAAUGGAAGAACUUCUUCAAGAAAUUUUCGACACCAUAUCAUUGGAGGAAGAAAAUGAGACUCGCCCCACCAUGGAUGCACCAGAUGAAGAAACAGAGACGACAACCUCGGAGUCUGAGACCACUUACCAGACGACCCACACUGCUGACAGUCGCAGCAAUGUUCUGGAAUCCAUCAAUGAAAUUAUCUUUCAGUAUCUUAAUGAUAUGACCAAAACCCCUGAGAGUCAGGAUAACCAUACCUUAACAACAGCCCCCCUGACCACUCCACGCACCACCUUGCCUACCACACAAGACACCACCCAACUCACCACGCUUGACACUACUAAACCAUCAACCAUUUAUGAAACCACUAAAGCUUCCACAACGGUUGAAGUUCCUAAACCUUCCACCACCCGAAAUUUCAAUCUUGAACUCUUCCCCGUCAUGACGCGCCCCAUGUCUCCAAUAAGACUCGCAACAACACCACGACCUUAUGAGAUGCUUGACGAUGAGGACAAUGAGAUCAAGACUACAGUCAUAGGCGAUGGAAUGAUGUCGUCAGCAGAAGAGAGAACUGAAACUUCUGUGGACGUGUCAUACAGUGUUCACACAGGCACCACUGAACAUUUAUCUGCCAAUAAUCGCACAGCUCCAGCCUGCAGGAACCUUUCACAAUUCCGGUGUGGGAGUGGUGAGUGCAUUGCCGAGUUCUCCCGCUGUAACCUAAUGCAGGACUGCCGGGACAACUCUGACGAGGUGAACUGUACCUGCUCUGACUUCCUCAGGAGUAAGUUCCUCAACCGUAAGAUCUGUGAUGGUAUCGUUGACUGCUGGGACCACUCUGAUGAGGCUGAUUGUGAAUGGUGUAAGCCGGGUCAGUUCAUUUGCUCUGGGUCGAGUCAGUGUAUUGAGCAGAGUCAGGUGUGUGAUGGCUCGACAGACUGUGAGGGAGGCGACGACGAGAAGACCUGUGUGACCAUUGCCCCAGAUCUGCCCGCUGCCAACUCGCUCAACUACCACGAUGAAGGUUACCUGAUGGUGAGGAAGAAAGGUGUGUGGGGAAAGCUGUGUCUGGAGAACUUCGAGAGAGUCACCUCCCGAGCAGCCACCUCCUGGACCGUGUCAGACCUCGGCCAGGCAGUGUGUAAAACUCUCACCUUCAGUGACUUCACUCGGGUGGAGCGCCAGGAAGACCCCUCGCCUGUGAACCGUGCAGUACCUCGACUCCCUCCUGGCUACCCAACCAUCACGGCCCGGACCAACACCUCCCUCAACAAUGCCACAUCUCCCACCUACUUUGAAAUUCAUGUCACAAACUCACUAACGCUGCCGUCUCGUGCCCGCUCACUCUCACAUGGUGAGAAUACUGCUACGGACCUCAGACUCUCUUUGGAGUUCGAGAAGACGAGCUGUCCGAAGAGGGAUGUGGUGAGGGUGGCAUGUUCCAACCUCCAGUGUGGUAUGAGGCCCCGCGCCGUCAGCCACCGUGCCAGGUAUUACAGAAGUGGGAACCUACGACAAGCUCGGAUUGUGGGUGGUAACAACAGUGGUCCUGGAUCCUGGCCAUGGCAUGCAGCUCUCUACAAGGAGGGCGAGUACCAGUGUGGUGCCACCCUCAUCAACCACCGCUGGCUUGUGUCUGCAGGCCACUGCUUCUUCGGGGCAACCAACCAGUACUGGGUGGCGCGGCUGGGAGCGCUGCGUCGAGGCACCAAGUUCCCCUCACCGUACGAGCAGUUGCGACACAUCACCCACAUCUUCAUACAUCCCGAGUAUGAGGACACGGGCUUCAUCAACGAUAUCUCACUUCUGCGGGUGGAUGAACCAGUCAAGUUCACAGACUAUGUUCGUCCUGUUUGUCUGCCGCCCCCAGGCUCACCAGUCCGCCACGGUCGCCUGUGUACCCUUGUGGGCUGGGGACAACUGUUUGAAGUUGGCAAAAUAUUCCCUGACACACUGCAGGAGGUGCAGGUACCAUUAAUCUCUACAUCAGAGUGCCGCAAGCGGACAGUAUUCAUCCCACUCUAUCGUAUCACUGAGGACAUGUUUUGUGCCGGCUACGACCGUGGUGGUCGAGAUGCCUGUCUUGGUGACUCUGGUGGACCACUCAUGUGUCAGGAGCCUGACGGAGGAUGGCAGCUGGUGGGGGUGACCAGCAAUGGAUAUGGCUGUGCUCGCCCACACCGGCCAGGAGUAUAUACUAAGGUGGUCAAGUACCUCAGCUGGAUGAACCAGGUGAUGGAGCUGACCAAGAGUAACCUGGUGGUGCCAGUCCCAGCCAGGUGUGAGGGCCACCGCUGUCCCCUCGGUCAGUGCCUCCCGAACUCCAAUGUCUGCAAUGGUUUUGUGGAGUGUUCUGACGGCUCUGAUGAGAGAGACUGUGAUUAGAUAAUGGACUCUAUUCAUUAUUAAACUUUACACAUUUAUAUCCCAUCUCGGUUUCACAUGAAUGUGGUAUAGAACAAAUAUAGUUUUAUCUCAUCAUGUGACCUCAUUUUAUCGCAUAAUGCAAACUUGUUGAAGACCGUGGCCUUAAUUGAUAACAUGAUCUUACCUCAUAACGUGAAUUUCAUCAUAUGAAGUGACCUUUGCCAGUGAUGUGCCUUGUUUGCUAUUUCAAGUUCAUCAGGUUCUGGUAAAAUAAAUGAGUUUCCCUUGGCCAGUACCAGCUGUAGCUGCCCAGAUAUUUGUUCAAAGCUGUUAUUGUUUUUGACACAAUUACCAAAACCUUUGUUUUUCAAAGUCAUUCAUCACAUGAAUAUCAGCCCACCUUCUUUGGAUUUUAUUAUUAUUAUUUUUUUGUCAUGAAAGAGUAAAUGAAAAUACCAAAUAGUCAUCUGCAUUUUCCAUGAAGAUGCUAUUUAGUGAAAUGGAUCAGUUCAGAAUACAGUACAGUGCCUAAGAAACAAAACACAUAAUAUAAAGGAAAAUCAAGUGACUCAGAGUGGCUUGUACAUGAAAGAACAA